UUAUUAUAGAAACUAUGAGGAAAUAUCCACCUGUACCUGUCUUGAAUCGCAUCUGUACUAAAAAUGUAGAUCUUCCAACAACGAAUAUUCACGUGCCAGAAGGUACUUCAAUUACUAUACCAGUGCUCGGGUUACAUCGAGAUCCAUCAAUAUAUCCAGAUCCAGAUAAAUUUAAUCCUGAACGAUUCAAUGAGGACGUGAUAGCAACUAGACAUCCUUAUGCUUACUUGCCAUUUGGGGAAGGACCACGGAUGUGCAUCGGUAUGAAAUUUGCCUACAUGGAAACAAAAGUUGGACUCGUGAGUCUUCUAUCAAAGUUUAAAUUUAAAUUGCAUUCUCGAACUCCAGUUCCGCUUACUUUUGAUGAAGCAUCCAUUUUAGUACUUAGUGCCAAAGGCGGCAUUCAUCUGAUUAUCGAACAACGAUAAAAUCACAUUCUUAUUUGAAUUAACUAUAUAUCUACUUGAAGCAUUCAGAAAAUAUUGUGUCUCACAAUGCUCAAAAAAUUUGUUACAAUACUUAAGGGCUUACACCACCCUGGAGGCCCUAAAAUGAUACCUAAGUUUGGGAUUUUUUUGGGGUAAACAGAUACCUUUAUUAAAAAAUUACUUUAGGGACAUUGUUGUACAUAUA